GUUGAACGCAUACUUCCACAAUAAGCUUUUGCUACACAAAAUUCAACUGCUAAAUGGCACCUCGUGGGCUUUCUGCUGAAGAGAAACGCGUCAAGCUGCUGGAGAUCUUUCAUGAGAGUAAAGAUUUUUAUCAAUUGAAAGAAUUAGAGAAACUCGGACCAAAGCUAAAGGGAAUCGUAUCUCAAACCGUUAAGGAAGUUCUACAAUCUCUCGUAGAUGAUGGCUUGGUUCAGGCAGACAAGAUUGGAUCAUCGAAUUUUUUCUGGAGUUUUCCCUCUCAGCGUGGUGCUAUUGUCCAGAACCGUUUGGAUGCAGCGAAGGAUGCACGCUUAGCAUCUCAGACACAAUUGGCCAACCUACGUGCGAGCAUAGAAGCAGAAAAGGCGCUUAGACCUCAGAGUGACUCCCGGACUCGAGCACUGGAGACCCUCAAUGCAGCGAAGCAAACGCUUAUCACGCUAGAGCAAGAGUUACAAGCAUACGGUGCAUGCGACCCUGUGAAAGUUGAAGAAAAGAAGCGAGCGGUUAUUUUGGCUCGAGAAGCUACUAUUCGUUGGACAGACAACUACGUCAUAUUGUUAUCACACUUCACGCGCGAACAUGGAAUAGACCCGCAAGAAAUACGAAAGUAUCUUGACAUCGGGGAUGACUACGAGGACAUAUACUGAAGGCUCGGCUUGAUGGAAGGAUAGGCCUCAAGUUAUAGUGAGCUGCAGACAUACCAUGUACCAUACUUAGACAGGUCACACCACCAUAUACACUUGCAUAUCC